AUGGGAACAUAUAACCAGACGUGGGUGAGUGAGUUUAUUCUCCUUGGCCUAUCCAGUGACCAGGAUAUUCAAGUCUCACUCUUUGUGCUGUUCCUGAUCAUGUACCUGGUGACAGUGCUGGGGAACCUCCUCAUUGUUCUUCUGAUCAGACUGGACAGCAGACUCCACAGCCCCAUGUACUUCUUUCUCACCAACCUGUCCCUGGUGGAUGUGUCUUAUGCCACCAGCAUAGUCCCUCAGCUGCUGGUGCAUUUUCUAUCAGAACAUAAAGCAAUUGCAUUUGUGAGCUGUGCAUCUCAGCUGUUUUUCUCCCUGGCUUUGGGUGGAAUUGAGUUUGUUCUCCUGGCAGUGAUGGCCUAUGACCGCUAUGUGGCUGUGUGUGAUCCAUUGAGGUAUUCUGCCAUCAUGCAUGCAGGACUAUGUACUAGGUUGGCCAUCACAUCUUGGGUCAGUGGCUCCACUAACUCUCUCAUGCAGACUGCCAUCACCUUUCAGCUACCUAUGUGCACAAAUAAAUACAUUGAUCAUAUAUCCUGUGAACUCCUAGCUGUGGUUAGGCUGGCUUGUGUGGACACCUCCUCUAACGAAGUGGCCAUCAUGGUUUCAAGCAUUGUGCUGCUGAUGACCCCUUUCUUUCUGGUUCUCUUGUCCUACAUCCAGAUCAUCUCCACCAUACUAAAGAUCCAGUCCAGAGAGGGGAGGAGGAAAGCCUUCCACACCUGCGCCUCUCACCUCACUGUAGUUGCCCUGUGCUACGGCAUGGCCAUCUUCACCUACAUCCAGCCCCGCUCCAGCCCCUCUAUCCUUCAAGAGAAGUUGAUCUCCAUCUUCUAUGCUGUUUUAACCCCCAUGUUGAACCCUAUGAUUUAUAGUCUAAGGAAUAAAGAGGUGAAAGGGGCCUGGCAAAAAGUAUUAGGACAAUUAUCUGGGUUAACAUUAAAACUAUCAACUAGAUGA